AUGGAGGGACCCAUUCCUUCUACGAUAUCCCAGUUGACAAAUUUAUCUCAGUUGAGGGUAUCUGAUUUGAGUGGAUCAAACAUGCCUUUUCCUGAAUUGCAGUACAUGAAAAACAUGCAAAGACUGAUACUCAGAAAUUGCCUAAUUGUUGGACCACUACCAGUAUACAUAGGAGAAAUGACUAGACUAAAAACUUUAGACCUGAGCUUCAACAGGUUGACUGGUCGAAUCCCAGAUACAUUUCAAAGUUUAAAUCUAGAUCACUUGUUUUUGUCUAAUAACUCACUAACUGGAGAGGUACCCAGUUGGAUAUUGAACAGCAACGUGUACAUUGAUGUAUCUUACAACAAUUUUACACAGUCACCUUCAGUGGGUUGCCAGCCCUCUAGCGUGAAUUUAGUUUCCAGUCAUUCAUCUACAGUGAGCAACUCAGUUGCAUGGUGCUUGCGGAAGGACCUCUCUUGCUCCACGAAACCCCAGCAUCAUUCAUUGUUCAUAAAUUGUGGGGGAAGCACAAUGAACUUUGAGGGUAAUGAAUAUGAAGAGGACUUAACCACAAGAGGCCCAUCAUACUUUUUUGCUUCUUCAGAAAAAUGGGCUUUCAGCAGCUCAGGGGUCUUCAUGGGGAACGACAAUGCUAAUUACAUUGCAUCAAAUCCUUUUGCAUUGAAUGUGACUGGUGCAGACUUUUAUAAAACAGCCCGCCUUGCCCCUAGUUCACUUAAGUACUAUGGCCUCUGCUUGCGGAAGGGUAGUUACAGAGUGCAACUCCACUUUGCUGAAGUAAUGUAUUCAGAUGACAGCACGUUCAGCAGCCUUGGGAGACGCAUUUUUGAUGUAUCAAUCCAAGGGAGUGUAGUUUUGAAGGACUUCAACAUUGCGGAAGAAGCUAGUGGCUUUGGGAAGGGCAUAACCAAGGAGUUUAAUGAUACUUUUGUCAAUGGGAGCACUCUGGAGAUCCAUUUGUACUGGGCAGGGAAGGGAACAACAGCUAUUCCUGACAGAGGUGUAUAUGGACCUCUUAUAUCAGCUAUCACAGUAACACCAAAUUUUGAUCCUGAUACAGGGCUUCUUUCUGUUGGAGCUAUUAUUGGCAUAGUGAUUGCUUCAUGUGUGCUCCUCUUGUUGAUUUUAGCUGUACUCCGAAAGAAAGGGUACCUAGGAGGGAAAGACAUUGUAGAUGAAGAGCUUCGAGGGCUAGAGUUACAAACAGGUUAUUUUACUCUAAGACAGAUCAAGGCUGCCACUAAUAACUUCGACCAUGCAAAUAAGAUUGGUGAAGGAGGGUUCGGGCCUGUUUACAAGGGUGUACUACCAGAUGGUGCGGUAAUUGCUGUUAAGCAGCUCUCCUCCAAAUCUAAGCAAGGAAACCGCGAGUUUGUGAAUGAGAUAGGCAUGAUUUCUGCUUUGCAGCAUCCAAAUCUUGUGAGGCUUUACGGGUGUUGUAUUGAAGGGAACCAAUUGUUGCUAAUAUAUGAGUACUUGGAAAACAAUUGUCUUGCUCGUGCACUUUUUGGUAAGUGUUACUUGUUUGUUCCACUUUAUCCCUUUAAACAUUGA